AUGGCCUCCAACUUUAACGACAUAGUCAAGCAGGGCUACGUGAAGCUCCGCAGCAGGAAGCUGGGGAUUUUCAGACGAUGCUGGUUGGUUUUCAAGAAGGCUUCCAGCAAAGGACCCAGAAGGCUAGAAAAAUUUCCAGAUGAAAAGGCAGCUUAUUUCAGAAACUUUCAUAAGGUAACUGAACUGCACAACAUCAAAAAUAUAACCAGACUGCCUCGAGAGACAAAGAAGCAUGCAGUGGCAAUUAUUUUUCAUGAUGAAACGUCAAAGACAUUUGCCUGUGAGUCAGAACGAUUCAACGUGUACCUUAUGCCUACACCCAAUCUGGAUAUUUAUGGUGAAUGUACAAUGCAGAUCACUCAUGAGAAUAUCUAUCUCUGGGAUAUCCACAAUGCCAAGGUCAAACUGGUGAUGUGGCCUCUCAGCUCAUUGAGGAGAUACGGUCGGGACUCAACAUGGUUCACAUUCGAGUCAGGAAGAAUGUGUGACACGGGAGAAGGACUGUUCACCUUUCAAACGAGGGAAGGAGAGAUGAUCUAUCAAAAGGUCCAUUCUGCAACACUGGCCAUAGCUGAGCAACAUGAAAGAUUGAUGCUAGAAAUGGAACAGAAGGCCCGGCUUCAGACAAGCUUGACUGAACCUGUGAUGUUGUCCAAAUCCAUCUCUCUUCCUCGAAGUGCAUAUUGGCAUCACAUCACACGCCAGAACAGCGUGGGAGAAAUCUACAGUUUGCAAGGUCACGGGUUUGGUUCCUCGAAGAUGUCUCGUGCACAGACCUUUCCCAGCUACACCUCGGAGCAGAGUGAUGAGGCCCAGCAGCCGCUGUCGAGGUCUAGCAGCUAUGGGUUCAGCUACAGCUCCAGCCUCAUCCAAUGACACACAGAGAGCCACUCCUAGCCAGAGAGACAGGCUGCCCUGGACCUGCCUGGGGGUCAAGAAACCACUCGUACCCUCUGCAUACUAGAAGACCGACUGCAGUAAAAAUUGAAAUGGGUCAGGUCUCAUCCCAAUCCCAGUUGAAGGUUAAAAACUGGAGUUCUGCUUCCUUGAAUCAAUGGCUAAGUCCUUUAUUUAUUGAAUUUCUUUGGGGGAAUCUAUGUUUAAAAAAAAAAAUAGACUCCAAAUCGUAUGAACAGUCACUUAAAUUAAAAAAUUUCCUUGGGUCUGACGGUAGCAGAGCAUGGGCACUGUGGGACGUUGCCCAAACUGGGUUGUGUCUCUGUGAUGGGGUCAACCUCCAUCCUAAUGGUGGCUUCCUCUGUCUGUCCGUCUGAUCACAGGCCUGUCCUUAGACGUUAAUGGUGACCCGCCACAAUCUGUGUGGCUUUGAAGGUUUCAGCAGGGACAAACCCAGUAAGCUCUACCAAUGGCAUCAUAACUCUCCAUAUAAUUAAGUCCUGACAAUUAAGGGAACAUGUAACUUAGAAUAUAAUAUUAUGCAGGGCCCUGUAGUUCUAGUGUGUGUGUGUGUGUGUGUGUGUGUGUGUGUGUAGACAAAUACAGAAAUGGGUAUUGCAAUAUCCAUCUAUUUGUAACAAGUAUAUAUGAAAUGUGUGCUCAGGGUGACAGGAUGUGUUCACUUAAAUCGUUGAAAAUUGUAAUUUGGUGCAUUAAAAUUAAGACUGUUAUGUUGAAUAGCUAUUUUUAAAAUAGUGCUGUAAAAAAAAAGACUUCUUAGCAAAAGUAUUUCUGUAGUCAAGUCAGCUCUUUGACAAGUGCAAAUGAAAAUGUGAGCAAGGGGUGCACUUUGGAGGCAAAGGAGCAAGUCUAGCUGUGCUGCACUUCACGUUGCCACUCACGCUGCCUUUCCGGUUAGGGUCCGCUUGUGACCGUUUUUCUCCCUUUGACCACCCAUCUGAGCUAAGUGAGGAAGUUUGGGUGUGUUCCCUGAUCAGCUUCCGUUUAAUCUCGAAAAUCAGAAGGACUCUGAACGAUAAACUGUUCAAGAAUGAAAUAGAAAUAACAUGUAGAAAGAACUCAGCUAUUUUCAAUCACUAAGAAGAACCGCAGGCACAGGAUUGCAGACAUAGAUACCUAAAAUUUCAUAGCCGCCAUUCUCAGAGUGCCAUCAAGGGCUUGUAAAGCACAGUGCAGCCAGAAUUUGUUGCGCUUUAUUUUCCUUUCACUGGACGAAAGUUGGCUAGGUUUAUAACACAAAAUGUAAUAUUUUCAUCCCUGACACUCAUGCCAAGUCAACAAGGUUUAAAGGGAAGUGGUGAUGGGCAAAUUCAGGACAACAGCUAUUUUUGCCUUUAAUUUUAGAGUUUACUUGAGGAGAAAUAAAAGUUAUUCUUUCUGAAUUAUCUGAUGCCAUGGGGCUAAGAUGGUCAGCUCUCAAACAGUCGAGGGAAGAUUUGAAGGACACUGAGCCCAGGUCAUAUAAGAUGAAUACCCGGUUUAUUUUAAUAGCAGAAUUUAAAAACUAUCAGAGUUAGUCUGUUGAAAGGGGAUCUUUUUUGCUGAUCUGUGAUAAGAUUUUUUUUUUUAUCCCUACCCAUAGCUUGAGUGCAGAUUGACAGUUCACUUCCAUGAAUAACUACCGAAUAAAAAUGGUUAUGGGGCCCUCCUGGAUGAAUUUGCACUUGUACUAAUGAUCUAGAGUUUCCAGAUCUCUCAGAUAAGUAUGAAAACCCCAUCACGAUGCUAAUCAUAAGAGUCAUGUGAAAAAUAAUUAUCUUAAGCUUUCAGGGAUAAAAAUUACCCAAACUCUCUGUACUGUGAAUUUUGCUGACACAGCAGAAGUGGGUCUGACUGGUUCGUUGGGUCACAGCCUUACCUGAGAUUCCAGCUUUCAGGGUCAAACGUCUCUGAAUUACUUUAGCACAUGGCAUUUGCUGUUGAAAUGCCAUUUGUAAGAUAUACCAGAGCAACUCCCACUGAGACCAUUUCAGCACAGCUCCUAGUGGUGCCUCAUUCAGAGAGAACCUCUGGCCACUCACUCAGUUGAGCUGUUGCUUAGAGACCACGAGUUUCUACCAAGGGACCUGGGGGAGAGGCCCUCAGGGGUCCUGGUUCAUGUCUCAGCUUUAUUAACAUGCAGAGAGUGCAGACAGUGAGCCCAGGGGAUUCUGCUCAUUAGACACGUCUGCUCAGUUGUCUCCUUGCUGGGAGACACAGUACCUCCAGGAAGUUGUUUCAGGAACACCCUUUGGAUCUGAUCAUUAUUAGUGAGCCUCACUGAGGGGCACCAAAGAUCAGACAUCACCAGCUGGACCAGUUCAUUCUGAAAUAAUAAGUCACAGUGAGUGUGUGAGAGAGAAAUGCCCUUCCCAAGUCUUUGCCCCAAUCACAUCGCAAUGAGAAUAAUGCUGAAAAAUAGCUCACGAUACAUUUUUGGAGACUUAUUCGAGCAUAUUCCUCCCAGUAUACUCUUGGUACAGUUGUAGCUAAGUGAAAAUUGCUAAAUGAACAGAUAGGAGAGUUUAUACUCACCUAAUGUACUUGACAUACGGCAAAGCACAAGGUAAUAAAAAUGAUGAGCAGAUAAAUCUUCCACAAAAACCAAAGAUGCAAAGUUACUGUGUCAGUCUCCUGGAACUUCGUAAAAUCAAUUCCACUGGAGCAACUAGAAUGAUCAGAGACUUGUAUUUAAUUCACUUGAGCUCGUAGGUUUUUGACUGAAGAUGCCUCUACACUUGCAAGUCAUAUUUCCUCCCUUUGGGGGAUUAUAUUAUAUCUCUAAUAUAUAUGUGGCUUUUCCAUUGUGAGGGAGGGAUUGAUAUGAACCAAAGACAUUGUUUGACUCCUUCUGUAAGUGACUCAGUUGAGGUUCCAUCUGGAUUUGUAGAGGUGAAUGGAGCUGGUCACAAUGUCCAUGCCAGGUGGGAAGAGAGCAAUGAUGAAGGAACCAGCAUAAGUGAUAGAAACUCUUCCCAGAGCAGAGGGAACCUGGAGGGCUCAUGCUUUUCACGGAAAGACUGCCUGAAGGGAGUUGUUUUUUAUGUCCCCAGUUUUUCCCUCUGAGAAUAUUAAUUACUGCUACCCAUGAUCAACACGUAGCUUUAUAUUCAAAACGCAGAAAAGUACAAAAUAACCUUGAGCAAAUAGUUUAUUAUUCUGGUGGGGGAAAAGAAAAUACGUCUUUCACUUUCCUAUUGAACUAAUAAUAGGCAUUCAGAACUAAUUUAUUUAUGCAGGUUGCAAAUAUUUAUGAAUUAAUAGGUUCUGGCCACUGCCACAUUUGAACUUAAUGAAAUUAAAAAGUAUAUACUUAUAUAUUAGGGAAGAUGCAGUUUGAUAGGGCAUGUAAAAUAAAGUGAAACAUAUUUAUUAAAAGUAAACCACCUUUUUCAGCAAAUAAUAACUAGAGUACUAGUCCUAGUAUCUUGUAAAAUUCUUUUCUGUCUUCACUGGGCAAUUAUGUUUGAAAGUCAUUUCUCACCUAUGAAGUGGUCAACCACUUAUACUUUCUAUCCAAUAUAGAAACAGUGGACUUAUAAAUAAAUGUACACUGAUAGUAGUAGCUUCUACAGAUCCAACUUAUUGCAUGCAGUAUCUUUACAUUAAAAACACAUUAUAAAAACUGGUAUUUGCCUUUAUCCUUUGGCCAAUAAUUCAGAAACCUUUGCAACACAGCAUGAGUACCCUACUCCCUAGAUUAUUUGAGCCAUUUACUAAAACCAGCCAUUAACGCUACAGCGAAAACAAGCUGAACAAAUUAUACUCGUAUAAAAAAAUGUAGUCCAGUUUCGACUAUUAUAACAUAGCACAAUAAAUGGAAAAAUACAUUCAGUGGGGCUGAGUUUUGGGCCUUUAAUACUUCAUGUUUUAUAAAAAAUUAUUAUACUAAAAACUGCUCGAAGUGAAAAUUAUACAUAUUUCUCCAAUCCUAUUAACAAGUCAUAUUUAUAGAUAUCUUAAAAUUUCAAAUUACUUAAUCACUAACUAUACUUUAUAAUCCCUCAGGCUUGGCUUUCUCAAAACAAUAAUUUGCCACUUGAUGUGUAUUAAUAAUUAUAACAAUAAGGGAUAUGCCACACAAAUUAAUUUCUAGCCAAAGAAAUUUAUAUAGUACAUAUUUGUAGGCUAUGAAAUUUAUGUGGUGCAAUUUCCCAUGGAGGGGGUGGAGAGCGAGGAUGGGAAGUAGUUGGAAGGGCAAGGAUUUGGAUAAAAUUAUAAAGACUUCAGUGAAACAUCCAGACUAACACAUGGACUCCACUUUCCUAACAUUUUCACCGUGUCACAGACUUGGUCUUCUCGCUAGUUUAACCUUGUAUGAAGUAUAUAAUUAAAGGAGGACAUCAAUCAGUUAUAUCAUGUGUUGAAGUAACCACAGAAAGAAGACAUAUUACCAACAAGCAUGCUUCUUUCAAUUUAGUGAAAAUUAUUUAACAAAAAAGAAUGUGUAUAAAAUCCUGAGUAACUGUAUCUUCAGUAACACAGGAAUCAUUUUUGUUUGGUCAGCCACAUUGGAGUUUCAUCAUGAAGAUAUAUCAUCAGUGAGACUGGAUAGGGAUAAAUAUCUGAGAAGAGAUGAGCAAACUCAUGUGUGUAUUCUCUGUAAAUAUAAUUUGAAUGAUUAAUCCCUCUUUUUCUCCAUGGAACUACCACAAAUCAUACUUUCCUACUCAAGAAUGUGAAUCUUGUUUGUAUACAUUCUACAAUUAUUAUAACUAAAGGAGGCAUUAGGUAAUUUGUAGACUCUGAUGGAAGUAUCAUGGGGUGUUGGGCUCAUUGUGUAAAUAGGCAGAAUGCCAGCUCUGGAAGCCACCUCAAAGGUCAUGUAAAAAACAAACCCAUGCAUGUUGUGAUUUGGUCAAAGGCACAGAAAAGGCCAGGAAUAGUUUGACCUACUUCCAAGAUCCUCAUCUAGGAAAGUUUCCUUGACACGAUCUUGUCUCCCAGUUAGACACAGAAGUUGAGAAAUAUCAUAGGGCCUCUAGAGAAAUAAGCCCUGUGCAUUCAAGUGUUUUCCUGUAUUUUUCAGAUGUUCUAAUUCUUGCUGGACUCAUGGCCAAUUAUAUCAAUGGAAAGUUUGCUUUAUGGGGCAAUUGAUAUGACUUAACUCAUGUCACCAUGCUGUUGUAAGUCAUGAACGAAUUUUAUAAGCUUUACUGACUCUUGAAUUACCAUCCAGUUCUUUGUUUGAAAUUCAAAAAUUUUUAUCCUACAUGACUGUCAAAAAGAAAAAAUUAAGUGAGUGUGUUUUGUAUUCCUACUAACUUAUAUUUUAAUUGUGAUUAUUAUUUUGGGGUCUUUAUCACUCUGUGGCACUUUAUGGUGUAAUUAUUUAGCGCGUUUGUCAAAACUUUGUUAAAUAAUGGACAACAGUGCUACAUUUUUUUUUCACGUGAACUUUGAAAAGAUUUCAUUUUCCAAGGAUUUUCGGUAAAUGUUUUUUACAUUAAAAUACACAUCAAGUUUUUCCUUAUAAACUUUAGUAGGCAAUUAUUUAAAUUAAAUGAAGUUUAGAUAAAUAAAGAAUAAGCUAAAAUCACAACAUUUUGUUAAAACCAUGUUUUACUUGAGAUUUUCAGGCACUCCCCCACUACCCCAUUUUAAGAUUUUAAUCCCUUAUAAACAUUUAAAGGAGAGAAAAAAUACAUUUGUAAUAGAAAUUCUCCAUUUCCUCCUAAAAUUCUGUUUGACUAAUAAGUUUUUAUCACAUCAUCUAUACCUGUUUUUCUAUUCUAUAUUCCAUAUUCCAGCUGUCAGAAGAAUGGAUGAAUUUAAAUGUUCUAAUAGUUGUUUUGGGCCAGUUUUAGUAGUUGAUACAAUGAGUUUCCUCAAUCUUUUUCAUGCCUGUAGGAGGCGUUUUGGACUUAAAGAGAACAUCGACCCUUGUUGUAGACACAGUAUUGUGCAUUCAGUGGCACAGGUAUAUGCCUUGACCCUGUAGUUGUGCUAAUGUUGGAAUUUGACUGCUAUCUUAAUUCAUUCAGGUGACCCACAGCCUCAUAAGAGUUGCUUAUUUCCAAGAAUCAGAAGUUUAAAAAACUCAAAUUGAGGAAAAGAAGAAGAUUGGGAUAGAUGAUUUUAAAAAAAAAAAAAAAA